ACUCCAGCAUCGCGGCCACAUCCCUGCUGGCGCGCGUGCUCGCUGAGCGGGUUGCGGGAAGCAAGUACGAGGCGUGGCCGGAGCAGAAUGUGCUGCUCCCGAUGGGGAUGAGAGACGCCAACUUUUCCCCGCUCGCCCACGUGGACGCGGGCGGGCGUCCUGAGCGGAGGGGCGCUACGCGGACGGGAGGGUCCCUCCGCUCUGCAGCCUGGGCUGGUACCGUCCCGCCGGACAGAUGCUCUCGAGCGUCGCCGACUUGGCCAAGCUCAGCACCCCGUUGCUGGGCACGUCCCAAAACCCGGUCCUCACGAGGGACACCGUCAAGGUGCGUGACGUCAUUUAUGGACGGCUCCUUGGGCGCCAGCUGGGAUACACGAUCCUCAGGAAGGACGGCGAUAUCGAUGGCUAUGCUGCCACCUUCUCAAUCGUGCCGCAACUGGAGCUGGUAUUCGUGUUGCUGAUCGCAGGCAGACCUCACAGCGGCUGUGUAUGCCCAGCUGCUGCCGACCUUCGACCACGUGCUGCGUGAGGUCCCCAGGACUGCCUGGCCGGCUCCUGCGCUACCUCAGCUACUACGCCUACUCCAACGUGACCUUCUACCACAUCACCACGAAACCGGAGCAGGACAUGAUGGAAAACGGCCGCCGGAGUUUCAAGGAGCAGACGCAGACGCGACAACACCGCUUGAAGAAACGCCGAGUAAGUUUCUGACGCGAAGACAAAGGGAUAAGGGAAGUCAGGGACAGCAGAAGCAAAAUAUCAGUGAACUGCCAACAGCAGAUAACCCGGAGAGCCUGCUACAGUCAGAGCGGCAGCCAAAAGGCCCCAAAAAACAUUGUUUUUGCGAUUGUUUGGUCCUAGCAUUGAAGUGAAGCUUCUGGAAAAAUUCUGCACUUUUCACCUGAGCUACCUUGGCCUACACGUUUUCCU